UUUUAUUCUACCAUAAGAUUGAUCUAGUGGCCAACAUUUGGAGAAGUAGAGAAUCCGGAUGGAUGGAUCCCUAAUAAAUAAAUAAUGAUCGGAAAACCCUAACCCCUCUUCUCUUCUUCAUCAGUUAAGUUAUUAUUAUUGUCUGCAACCAUUUUUGUAGAUCUAAGUUUUCUCCACUUUCAAAGAAAGAAAGCAGCAGCUAUGAAGCUGAUGAUGAAUGUAAAUGGAACAUCAUCCUCUCUUUAUCUUGCACUCUACACAGACGUCACCAAUUCUAAGGAACUAUUGGAAAGUAUGCAAGCUGGGACAUUGGAGCCAGAAGUUGCAUUCCUCAAUGCUUCACUUGUGUGUAUUAUUAUACUUUCUCUUUUUAUGUUAUCAGCUGCACACAAGACACUUGUGGUCAAGUCGCGGGACUCUUUGACCACACGAACUCUUCAUUCAGAGCUCGUUUACAACUACUCAGGGUCCAAACAUAUUACUGAAUCUUUAAAAAGAUGUGGUAUCUCUGAAACCACAACUUAUGUCCUUGCUGCUCGAUUUGAUGCUACUCCUGAUGAGAUAAAAGCCAUAGAGAAACUCGUCAUUGGAAAAGAGAUUGAUCUGGAGGAGCUGGAAGGGAGAGCUAACCAAGCCCAAAUACAAAAGCAUUACAAGAUAUCUGCCUCGGAACUUGGAAUAUCAUCACUUGCCGAUGCAAUAACUUGUCGUAUAGCUGCUCGUGAUGCCUUGUAAAAGAAUGACUGUGAUUUGCUUGUAUGCUUAGCUUCUAGCCUUAUUAUGGCAUCAUUUGAUGUAUGAAGUUGACUUCCAUCUUGUUCCCAAGUGUAGUCUAUUCAUGGCUGAAAAAGAACACUGUGUGUGUGUGUGUGUGUAUACCUGAAGACGCAGGGAAGGCCACAGACUCGCCACUAUCUCUGUAUAGGAAAACUUCAAUAAGUAAAAUCUUUGGCUGUGGAUAACAAAGCUUCUAUAAGAAGUUUCACACAGUUAAAGUGGGUUUUUGAAACUCAAAAUAUAAUAAUCUGUACGAGUAGGCCUAUCCAUGCACCAAUUUUUCAUAUGGAUCAUGGAUAUAAUCAGUAAAAGAUAUUAAACAAAAAGCUAAUUUUCAUUUCAUC